GGGCUUCGCUGGCCCACCGUCUGUUCCUGGCUCAGCAGAAACAUCUAUUUGAGUCAGCAUCCCUGCAGGGACCCCAGAGCAUCGCUUUACACCGGGCCGCAGAGGACCCAGCAAGGAUGAAGAAAUGGAGCAGCACAGACUCGGGGGCGGCUGUGGACCCACUCCAACAGGACGCCUGCCCAGACCCCCCGGAUGGAGACCCUAACUCCAGGCCACCUCCAGCCAAGCCCCAGCUCUCCACGGCCAAGAGCCGCACCCGGCUGUUUGGGAAGGGCGACUCGGAGGCGGCUUUCCUGGUAGAUUGUCCUCACGAGGAAGGUGAGCUGGCCUCCUGCCCGACCAUCACAGUGAGCCCCGUUAUCACCAUCCAGAGGCCGGGAGACGGCCCCACCGGUGCCAGGCUGCCGUCCCAGGACUCUGUGGCCGCCAGCACCGAGCGGACCCUCAGGCUCUAUGACCGCAGGAGUAUCUUUGAAGCCGUUGCUCAGAAUAACUGCCAGGAUCUGGAGAGCCUGCUGCUCUUCCUGCAGAAGAGCAAGAAGCACCUCACGGACAACGAGUUCAAAGACCCUGAGACGGGGAAGACCUGUCUGCUGAAAGCCAUGCUCAACCUCCAUGACGGGCAGAACGACACCAUUCCCCUGCUCCUGGAGAUCGCGCGGCAGACGGGCAGCCUGAAGGAGUUUGUCAACGCCAGCUACACGGACAGCUACUACAAGGGCCAGACAGCGCUGCACAUCGCCAUUGAGAGGCGCAACAUGGCCCUGGUGACCCUCCUGGUGGAGAACGGAGCAGACGUCCAGGCUGCGGCCAAUGGGGACUUCUUUAAGAAAACCAAAGGGCGGCCUGGAUUCUACUUCGGUGAACUGCCCCUGUCCCUGGCCGCGUGCACCAACCAGCUGGGCAUCGUGAAGUUCCUGCUGCAGAACUCCUGGCAGCCGGCCGACAUCAGCGCCAGGGACUCGGUGGGCAACACGGUGCUGCACGCCCUGGUGGAGGUGGCCGACAACACGGCCGACAACACCAAGUUUGUGACGAGCAUGUACAAUGAGAUUCUGAUCCUGGGGGCCAAACUGCACCCCACGCUGAAGCUGGAGGAGCUCACCAACAAGAAGGGAAUGACGCCGCUGGCCCUGGCCGCUGGGACCGGGAAGAUCGGGGUCUUGGCCUAUAUUCUCCAGAGGGAGAUCCAGGAGCCCGAGUGCAGGCACCUGUCCAGGAAGUUCACUGAGUGGGCCUACGGGCCCGUGCACUCCUCGCUGUACGACCUGUCCUGCAUCGACACCUGCGAGAAGAACUCGGUGCUGGAGGUGAUCGCCUACAGCAGCAGCGAGACCCCUAAUCGCCACGACAUGCUCUUGGUGGAGCCGCUGAACCGACUCCUGCAGGACAAGUGGGACAGAUUCGUCAAGCGCACCUUCUACUUCAACUUCUUGGUCUACUGCUUGUACAUGAUCAUCUUCACCAUGGCUGCCUACUACAGGCCCGUGGAUGGCUUGCCUCCCUUUAAGAUGGAAAAAACCGAAGACUAUUUCCGAGUGACUGGAGAGAUCCUGUCGGUGUUAGGAGGAGUCUACUUCUUUUUCCGAGGGAUUCAGUAUUUCCUGCAGAGGCGGCCGUCGAUGAAGACCCUGUUUGUGGACAGCUACAGUGAGAUGCUUUUCUUUCUGCAGUCACUGUUCAUGCUGGCCACCGUGGUGCUGUACUUCAGCCACCUCAAGGAGUACGUGGCCUCCAUGGUGUUCUCCCUGGCCUUGGGCUGGACCAACAUGCUCUACUACACCCGUGGCUUCCAGCAGAUGGGCAUCUACGCUGUCAUGAUAGAGAAGAUGAUCCUGAGAGACCUGUGUCGCUUCAUGUUCGUCUAUGUCGUCUUCUUGUUCGGGUUUUCCACAGCGGUGGUGACGCUGAUUGAAGACGGGAAGAACAACUCCCUGCCGUCUGAGUCCACCUCGCACAGGUGGCGGGGGCCUGGCUGCAGGCCCCCCGAUAGCUCCUACAACAGCCUGUACUCCACCUGCCUGGAGCUGUUCAAGUUCACCAUCGGCAUGGGGGACCUGGAGUUCACCGAGAACUACGACUUCAAGGCUGUCUUCAUCAUCCUGCUGCUGGCCUAUGUGAUUCUCACCUACAUCCUCCUGCUCAACAUGCUCAUCGCCCUCAUGGGCGAGACUGUCAACAAGAUCGCACAGGAGAGCAAGAACAUCUGGAAGCUGCAGAGAGCCAUCACCAUCCUGGACACGGAGAAGAGCUUCCUCAAGUGCAUGAGGAAGGCCUUCCGCUCAGGCAAGCUGCUGCAGGUGGGAUACACACCUGACGGCAAGGACGACUACAGGUGGUGCUUCAGGGUGGACGAGGUGAACUGGACCACCUGGAACACCAACGUGGGCAUCAUCAAUGAAGACCCGGGCAACUGUGAGGGCGUCAAGCGCACCCUGAGCUUCUCCCUGCGGUCAAGCAGAGUUUCAGCCAGACACUGGAAGAACUUUGCCCUGGUCCCCCUUUUAAGAGAGGCAAGUGCUCGAGAUAGGCCCUCUGCUCAGCCCGAGGAAGUGCACCUGCGACAGUUUUCAGGGUCCCUGAAGCCAGAAGACGCUGAGGUCUUCAGGAGUCCUCCCGCUUCCGGAGAGAAGUGAGGACCUCACACAGACAGCACUGUUCACGCUGGGCCUUAGGAGACCCCGCCGCCACGGGGGGCUGCCGAGGGAACACCAGGGCUCUGUCAGCAGCCUGGCCUGGUCUGUGCCUGCCCAGCAUGUUCCCAGAUCUGCACCGGACAAGCUGUGGGAAGCGUUGGAAGCAUGGGGAGUGAUGUGCAUCCAACUGUCCCUGUCCCAAGUGAAUCUCCUAACAGGCUUUCGAGGUUUUACUCACUUUCCUAAACAGUGUGGACGGUCAGUCUCUACUGGGACAUGUUAUGCCCUUGUUUUCUUUGAUUUUAUUUUAUUUUUUGAGACAGAGUUUCACUCUUCUUGCCCAGGCUGGAGCGCAGAGG